CAAACAUGGCGACAGAAGUACAGAAUUUGGAUGAGAAUGAAAAGAAAAUUGUCAAUGAAUUCUGCCACCAUCUUGAGAAAUCCAAGCAAUUGUUCAACGGUUUAAGGGACUUACCGCAAUAUGGACAUAAGCAAUGGCAGUCAUACUUUGGUCGAACUUUUGACGUGUAUACAAAGCUGUGGAAAUUUCAGCAACAACACAGGGCAAUUUUAGAUUCAAAGUAUGGCUUGAAAAGGUGGCAGAUAGGGGAGAUAGCGUCCAAAAUUGGACAGCUGUAUUAUCAUUAUUACCUCAGAACAAGCGAGACCAAUUACUUGAAUGAAUCAUUUUCUUUUUACUCUGCAAUAAGAAUGAGAGCAUAUUAUUCUAAAGCAAGUAAAGAAGAAAGGCCUGACCUAAUGGUGAAGAAGCUGAGAUAUUAUGCCAGAUUUAUUGUCGUGUGUUUACUGCUCAAGAAAAUGAAACUUGUCAGAGACUUGGUUAGAGAACUGGCUAAGCAAAUUGAUGACUAUACUGGAACGUAUGAACCUGAGGAUCACAUGGAGUGGAACCUGGUCCUUGGAGAGAUAAAAGCUUUCAUUGAGGCGGACAGUAUCAUCAAUGUGGUGGACGUAGAUUCAUCAUCAAUAGUGCUGUCCCAUAGACUGACACCACUUAAUACCCCACCCCUGGAGAAGGGAACACCUGUCUACCUGACUCUCCAGGAGGUGCUCAUUGUUGGCAACUGUCAUGAACAGGUAAAGUUUAGUGAACUGACCCUGGACAUGUUCCGAAUGCUGCAGACACUGGAGAGAGAGCCACAGGACGACUUGUCCAAUCAGAUAUAUGACAACUCCCCCGCUCCUGGUCGCACCCCUUUUGAAAAUGGUGACCGUACAAACAAGAGAGACAACCCCCACAAGUACCUGCUGUACAAGCCCACCUAUGGACAGCUCAACACAUUUCUGGCCUCCGCCUUCAAGGAGCUGCCACCCAAUGGUGCCAUGGUCUUGUACAUAUCAGCUGACGGUUGCCCUGGCAACCAGAAACACACUGAUGAUGCUGCCUAUGACUUGGGCGGUGUCAUUACAAACAGCAGAAGGGAAGGGGAAGAACAGAAUAAAAGCAAAAAGGCUGAACUGUAUAAAGAAAUGCAUUGUUUACACCCAGGAGACUUGUAUCCCUACACCAGAAAACCUUUGUUUCUCAUCAUAGACAGCAGCAAUAGCUCAGCUUUUCAGAACUUUCCCAACAUGUUUGGUCAGCCUCUAGUAUGUCUGCUGUCUCCUGAACAAGUUCCUGUUACAAUGCAGGAUCAACAACUGAAGGGCAAUUUGUUCACAUUAUUCCUUCACUGCCCACUGAUGGCUAUGUGUUGUGUGUGUAACAUUGGGGACAUCCCCAUCACCCUUUGGGACAAGUGCCAGGCACAAGUAGACAAGUUUGUUGCUGAUGCCUCAAAGUUGUUCAGUCGAGCUAGGAAACUAGAUCAUGCUUACGUUCAGUUCCUUGGUGAUGACUUUCUACGACUUUUGCUUCUUAGAUUUGUGUUCUGCUACAUUGUGCUAAUACUUCAUAGAGGAUUUAAGGGCCCCAGCUACUACCCAGCCUCCCACCCAGCCCUGCCCACAGAUGAAAUCCUGGAGCACCCAGCUCUGUAUAAACUAGUCCUUGACCUCGCCAACAUGUUAGAAGUCCGAGGCCUGUUUGCCGAGCCUGGGGAUGUGGAUAUAUCUGCAUAACCUUCACCUAGACCCACUUAUUUAUUAUUUAUUUUCCUGCGAUAUUUUUAACUACCAGUACGUUUUAUAUCUGUUGAUGUCAUCAACUCAUAUAAGUCAUAAUAAUACAUUUUUUUUAAAAAGAAAAAAACUUUUUUAUCAAUUUGGACAUAUUGUGCAUAUUAAUCCUUCACUUUUGAAGAAGUUUUAUUUUUUGUCAAAAGCGUGAAUAGUUUUUAUUCUGUUUCAUUGAAGUUUGCUCAGUUUAAAAAAUAUUAACAAAGCCAUUAAACAUUUAAGUUAUUUAUAUAGAGACAGUGAAAGACUCAUAUUAUAGCAUUCUUAUUGAUAUAGUUUAUACAAGCUAUUUCAACUUUGUUAUAGACGUUGUCAAUGUUAUACUUUAGUUAGCUUGCUACUAAACUUCUGCUUGUAGAUAUAAUUAUGACUAAACCGUGUUGUUUAAUACAAGGUGUUGUUAAGUUUAAAUAUAUUUCUUUAUGAAAUGUGUGAGGGAAAAAUAUAAUUUUUGUUGUUUUGAAGCUGCUAUUGUGACUAUCCAGUGAGAACUGAAUAUUAAAAGGCACUAGAAUUUCUUGGCGUUAAGUAGAUUUUUUUUUUUAAUUUUAAUGCAGCAGCUAGUCCAUAGCAGGAAACAGCUAGUCU